UACACUAACCGCCAGUCGUGUUCGAGCUGCUCUGCUAGUACCUCGAUCUUACACUGUGUGAUACUUUCGCAACUUGUGAAUUUUUGAAUUGCAGAUUUGUGGAUUCUUGAGAAUUGCCACUGACCAGCCAAGUCUAUAUUUCUCAGAUUUAAUUUAAUUGAGAUAACCUAAAAACCUAUAGUCAAGAUGCUCGCUAGUCCAGCCAUGGAACUGCAAAUUGAGACCCCUUUGGCCCUGCAAAGGCUCUGGAAUUUGACAAGGGCCCGUUUGGCCGGGACCUCUACUGCCCUGGAUGAGGAGCCAGCACUUGUGGAGACUUUGCCUUCUGCCCAGGAAUCUGAAACUACUUCAAAGAGUAAACUCCCAAUCCCGAGUGAUUAUGAAAGCGACGGGGAGGAGGCAUUCCCGGAAUUGGAAAUACCCGAGCAGCCUGAGUGCUUGCAAAAGGGUUGGACGGAUAGUUAUGCCAAGGAGGUGUUGCUGGAUGCUAGCACCCUCGGGGAUGUGCCGGCCGUGUACCGCGUGCCGCCGCCGGCGCCGCACCAGCUGCCCGUCAUUGGGGUCUACAUCGACCCUCGCGUCAGAACCGGCUUUCGAUACAAAGUUAGACCCAUGCAGGCUCUAGACGCGGCCCCAUUGUCGGUGAAGCCCAAGUACUUGUUCGGAGGGAAGGCCCUGACGCUGCAGUCGAUUGGACGCGGGUUUGCGCGCCGCGUCACAUUUGAACCCCAUGACUCCUCGCUCAAUGACAAUAACAAUUAUUUCUGGACCGACUCUAGACCGGAAGGAUUCUUGUUCGAGCUUGAGGCCGUGUCCAUUGGGGAUAAAUUCACGGUCUAUGAUGCGAACCAUGAACCUCAGGGCAUCCUUGAAGUUGUCCAGCAACAGAAAAAUCAAAUUGAAGUGGAUCAGCAAAUCUUUGAAGACGGAUCAAUCGUGAAGAAAGUGAAGAUCAGUACGCUUUGCAAAGUAGAGUGGUAUGAAAAUGAUGGAGCUACUAAAUUGGUGCCGGUUUCCGGACUAGCCAUCUUGAAGAAAGGUCGAGGAAACGCGGCAGUGACCAGAGUAGUCAACGUUGCGAUUGGCAUCAAGCAGCUCCGAAAGGGCUAUGAACUGAAGCCUGGUAUCGAAUCAUCGUCCAGGAGGGUCACCGUCAACGGUGGCGACAUUAAUGACAUUCCUUGCCAGUAUUGCGUAGUUGGACUCGAGAAGUAUGAGUUGCCUGUCAUUGGAACAUAUGUAGAUCCCCGAAUCGUGCCUGGAUUCCACUACCGAGUGCGGCCCGCCGGCUGUCGCCGCCAUCUCUUCGAGGGCCGAAGCCUUCUCCUGCAGUCCGUCGGCAUGGGUUACGGAAAACGCAUAACGUUCAAGCCGGACACUCUUAAUGCCCCAGAAAACUACUUCUGGUCCGACUCGCACCCCGAGGGCAUUGGCAUGGAACCACGCGCGAUCCAGCCUGGCAUGAAAUUCACUAUUACAGGGAACGGGGGUCUUCUGGGAGAGGCGAGCGUGUUCCGCGCGGACUUGCCCCAGGUCGAGGAGAAGACUGAAUACGUGGACGUUCCGGGAAAGCGAGGAAAAGCCGUAGAGAAGUACAUCCACGUGGACGUCACCUGUCACGUGAAGCUGGCCACGACCGGCGGUGGUUCCGUCGACUCUGAAGUCCAUUUGAUGAAAGUGUCGGGAGUCGCUCUGGUCCGCAAGGAGCCGGGCCAGGCCGUCGCCAACUUGGUCAAGGUCUACAACGUCGGUCUCGACUCGCAGCUGAACCUCCUGUUCGCGCACUCGCAGACCGAGCUCACCUUCCACCCCAUGCCUUAAAACUCACGGGAAACGAAUGGUAUUACAAUGCUUGCGAUUGAUAUGUCCAACAUUGUGAUGCUAUACAACUUACCGGGCGCGACUGAGGCUCCGUCUAACGUCAACCGAUUGGUCACGAUUUGCAACCGAGAGCGUGUAAAUCUCGCUGUGUCUUAACAGAUUCUAUCUCGGUUGCAAACAAUAUGGUGAGGAAUGUGUGCAUCGGAAUUAACAACA